UUAAGGUCACGUGAAAGGUCAACGUCACGAAAAAAAAAAAUGUAUUGUCGAAUUUUAAGACAACUUUAAAGUUAGUUUAAACAUAUAAAGUCCUUUCAUACAAAAUAGUAACAUAUAGAUUUCUUUUAGAAAUUUUUUUCAUAAUUUGUUUUCUUAUAGUUUUUUUUUUUUUUUUUAAUCUCUGCCUAUUUUAUUGUAUUCCGAUUCAAAUUAUCACAAUUUACCAUAAACAAAGUUAAAUUCAUAUGUUGACAAACAUAAAUAAAAACGUGUUGUUAACUUAAAAAAUAAUGAACAAAAUACAAAUGUGAAACAAUACUCCCAAAAUUUCAAAAAUACGUACCUAUUCGGAAACGUUAGCAUUGACCUCAAAAUCUUAAUGAUAAAGAUUGAUCAUCAUCUCCUACUAAUUAACUCCUUGAUUUUAUCCAUGAUUAUAGCUGUGUAAAAUCUCCAUAUUAUUUCCUCUUAAUUUUCUCCCUAAUAGUCACUUGUUACCUUUCUUAAUUAGUUGCUAAAAUCAUAUAUAAGAAGUAUGUCAACAAAAUAUCAUCACUAAAACUCAUCUUCAAAUUCCCAAUUAACACAUUAACAACAACAACAUUAAUCCCACAACAAUGGCAUCCUCACCCACAACAACCACCCCCACCGCCGCCGCCAACACACUCCAAGACCGAGUCGCCAUUGUAACUGGCGCAUCUCGUGGAAUAGGCAAAGUAAUCGCACUCCACUUAGCCUCAUUAGGUGCAAAACUCGUAAUCAACUACACCUCUCCAUCCUCUAAAACCUACGCUGAUCAACUCGUCUGUCAAAUCAACUCCCUCACUCUUCCCUCCAUCACCACCCUACGCGCAAUCGCUAUCCAAGCCGACGUCUCCGACGAAUUUCAAGUAAAAGCUCUCUUCAACACCGCCGAACAAACCUUCAACACUCAACCCCACAUCGUCGUCACCUCUGCUGGCAUAUUCGACUCCAAAUACUCCUCACUCUUUGACAUCGAAGCUUCCCACUUCGACCGUAUUUUCGGUAUCAACACCCGGGGUACCUUCCUCUGUAUCAAGGAGGCAGCCAACAGUUUCAAGCGUGGUGGUGGGGGAAGAAUCGUGACAAUGUCGUCGUCAGCAGUGCGGUCUUUGAAGGAGAAGUACGGGGCUUAUGCGGCUUCGAAGGCGGCGGUGAACGUGAUGACGACGAUAUUGGCGAAGGAGUUGAAAGGGAGUGGGAUUACGGUGAAUGCGGUGGCACCGGGGCCGGUUGCGACGGAGAUGUUCUUUGAGGGGAAAACAGAGGAGAUGGUUAAGAAAAUUGCUGAAGAGUGUCCAUUGAAAAGGUUGGGGAAGGUGGAAGAUGUUGGGUUUUUGGCUAGUGAUGCUGGUGAAUGGGUUAAUGGUCAGGUUAUAAGAGUUAAUGGUGGUUAUGUUUGAGUCUUACGUGUCCGUGUCUAAUUUUUUACCUUUUUUUAUUUUUUUUAAUUUUUGAUAGGUUUAAGUCUUACGUGUUCGUGUCUAAUUAUUAUUAUUAUUACUUUUUUAAGUUAUUAUUUUAUAUAGUACUCGUACUUCGUAGUAGGAGUUCAUAGUCCUACUAGAAUUACUAAUAAAAUCUAGACUCUUGUCACAAACUCCUACUACGAAGUACGAGUAGGAGUUCGUAGUCCUACUAGAAUUACUAUUAUUAUUAGACUCUUAAUAAAAUCCGGUGCUUUUGUAAAAAAUAAAAAUAAAGUAUGGUAGUAAACAAACCUUAUAAGAAAAUUUAUGUUGACUCACUUGUCUAUUUAUCAUAGUUGACUCACUUGUAUGUGAUUGCCUUGGCUUUUAAUUUCUUUUAAUUUAUUAAUUAACUGUGUGGCCCGACGAUGUCCUGGGUUGCUAGUUUGUAUUUCUUCAAUUUGAUAAUUGUAUUUUACUAUUUGUAUAGUUAAUGUGUAAAUAGGGUGUUGCCUUGGAUGUUACUAUUUGUAUAGAUAAUACCCCCUUAUUACAACUUGCAAGCAAAAGAAGCAGGGGUAAUAUUAAAAAAACAAAAAUAUGUUGAACAUUAGUAUGAUUUAUAUGCAUGUUUACUCGAGCACCUAGCCAACCCUAGUACAUGCUACUCAUCAUGUCUUUUUUUAGAAAAAUAUUGUGUAGAACGGACUCAUGUGAGUAUGUUCUAUUAAUCGGCCUGUGCUCGGCCUGUUUACUUAAAGUUUAGCCCGCGCAGGGCUCGAACUUUAAAUAUCCAUGAUUUUUUAAAAAAAUAAUCAAAAUCAAACCCAACUUCCGCCUUUCUUUUCCUUCUUCUUACCCACAUUUUUCUGCAUUUUCACUCCAUUUUCAUUAGUUACACUCCAUUACUAUCAAAUUAACUCAAUUUUCCCAAAUAUUUCGCAUCACCACUUCAUUUUCCAGCUUUAAUUUUAUUUGCAUGUAUUUAAUUUUUAGUUCUUUUAUAUAAACCCUAACUUUCAUCAUUCUC